AUGAUCCAACUGACUCUUGGCCUCACGGUUGCGCUAGUCUUUCCUGCCGGCAUCCUUCAACCCACUCUCUACAACCCAGAGUUCCCACAAUCUCUGAAUUAUGGAGGGAUAGGAGCGAUCAUCGGACACGAGCUCACACACGGAUACGACGACUGGGGAGGCCAGUACGACCGCUUCGGGAACCUGCAGCAGUGGUGGACCGAGGAGUCGUACCGGCAGUUCCAGAGGAAAGCUGAAUGCAUCGUCAAACUCUACGACAACUUCACCGUCUACAACCAGAAGGUGAACGGCCGCCUCACUCUAGGGGAGAACAUCGCCGACAUGGGAGGACUCAAGCUCUCCUACUUUGCCUAUCAGAAGUGGGUGAGGGAGCACGGCCCAGAGAGACCCCUCCCUGGACUUAAAUACACCCACGAGCAGCUGCUGUUCAUCGCCUUCGCACAGAACUGGUGCAUGAAGAGGAGAUCGCAGUCCAUUUACCUACAGCUGCUGACGGACAAACACGCUCCAGAGCACUACAGAGUGAUCGGCAGUGUCUCCCAGUUUGACGAGUUCUCCAGGGUUUUCCACUGUCCCAAAGGCUCCCCCAUGAACCCACCGGAGAAAUGCUCCGUCUGGUGA